CAGUCAUUUCAUUUAACACAAUUAUUUUGUGUAUGUGUGUGUGUGUUGUAUGUCAUAACAACCUCUUUUAUUGAAAUCAGUUUAGAUAUUGCAGAGGCAUAAUUUCAGUAACUGUAUUCUCUCUUCAACUAAGUUUCAUUGUUAGGAAAUUGCUUGCAGCUUCAUUUGAAAUGUUUUGUGUAAAAAUAUUAUGGUUGUGUGAUAUAGAAUGAGUAACAUAAGUACUGUGUAAAUAGCACUGUUAUGCUUUGUAGUGUACAGGAGGGACAAAACUAGUCAUCAUUUCAUUCAUGAUACUAAUGGUGAUUUUUGCAGACCAGACAUGAUUUCGUGAGAGAUGAAGCCCACAUGUCUGAAAAAGAGAAAGACUGUGGUUUAUUGACAUGUGUCUCAAGAUAUGUUGAAGUAGAUGAAAUGUCAAAGAGGUUUAAGGUCUGGCAUAAGUGGGAAGCUUAAAUAUUGUCUGUACUUCACAGAUAAUGCAGGAAAAAAAAAGACAUCCGCCAGUUUGUCCUGCUUAGGUCACAUUUAACGGAUUUUGUUCUUGUGGUUUAUUGGUUUGCAAAACAUUUUUGGCAGCAGAGGUACGACCUUCACAACUCUGCUUAUUUGUAAGGGUGAUGUGAGAUGAAAGCAGGUUGUUUUGUCGGGGUGUGAAUGUAUAAGAAUGUGUUUGUCAGAGUGUGCCAAAAUUGGAGGUAUUUUGUAAUUGAAUUGUUACAGUCACAAUUUCCUUUGCUUUAUUUUUUUUAGGGUUUUAUUAGGUUUCUUAGAAAAGAUUUAUAUGAGUGCAUUACUACGGAAAACUACCACCAGUUUCACUCAAGGAGAAAUGAUACUUUGAAUUCAUCGGCGAAGUUUCACUAUGACGAACUGCUCAACUACAGAUGUGGACACUUUAACACAGAUACUGGACUUGGUGAUUUACGUGCCUGUCCUGGUGUUCGGCUUGCCAUUAAACAUCGCAGCACUGGUGGUGUUCUGUGUGCUGCUCAGAAAAUGGACCGAGUCCUCCAUUUACAUGACCAACCUGGCUCUGAUGGACCUUCUGUUGCUGCUGCAGUUGCCUUUCAAAAUGCAUGCAGCACACCACAAGUGGGAAGAAGACAAAAAGCUAUUUUGCUCCUUCCUGGAAAGUCUCUACUUUGUAGCCAUGUACGGUAGCAUCUACACAAUUGUGUGCAUCGCCAUAGACCGGUACAUCGCCAUUAACCACCCAUUUCAAGCCAAGCAGGUGCGCUCCAAAAAAAACGCCUUGAUUGUUUGCAGUUUCAUUUGGGUGUUUGUUAUGGCAACGACUUCACCCAUCUACUCCUUCCGGGAAAUGAAAAGUGGGAAUUUCACCUGUUUCCAUGGCUUCUCUAAGAAGGGUUGGAGCACUGGAAUAAUCGUGUGCCUGGAGGUCUUUGGUUUUCUGUUGCCCACGGCAGUACUGGUGGCGUGCUCUAUUCAGAGCAUCCGAACUCUCAAAGCAUCAAAGAACAGCAACCACAAGAAACAAGCUGGUGUGAGAAUCAUCUACAGCAGCCUAGCGGCCUUCCUUGUGCCCUUCACCCCCUGUCACGUGGCUAUAUUCCUGCAGUAUCUUGUCCGUAAUGGCUUUAUUUCAGACUGCAAACAUCAAAAGAACAUUGCCCUUUUCAUACAGGUGGCAAUAAACAUUGCAAACGUGACCUGCUGCUUAGAUGCACUGUGUUACUAUUUCAUUGCGAAGGAAGUCCGAUCCACCAAGAAGACGUUUAGACUGUCCAUGAGCAGAGUGAGAACCACCAGCACCUCAGAUGCCUGAGGUAUAGUCAGUUUAUUCAUCUUUCAGAAUGUGUUCUAAGGGAUUUCCAAUGGAAGUAAAGGUGUGGUCAUAAUUGCUAAAUUUUGUGGUCGAAAAAAGUUUAUUGUCGAUAGUGAAGUGUGAAGCACAGCUCACAAAAAAAGUAACUUUCAAACCCAACAUCCUUCUUUUGGUCAGCUCAGCAAAUUCACAUGCCAACUUGAACCCACUGCGAAAUUGGCAUGGGGAAAUUUUUCACCCUCACAUGAAAAUCCAGAUUGUGUGGAUUCCUACUGAAAUAACCUGAUUUUACUCAGGUUCAGUGCAUGUUUUAUGGACAUAAAUGGACAGACAUUGCUCCUCUCAUUCCAACUGAAGGUAGUUCAUCCAAAAUUUACUCACCCUUAAGUCGAAAACUGCAUGACUCUGUUUCUUGCUUGUUUUUGAACACAAAAUAUUUUGAAAGAUAAUAAGUUGGUUUUUUUUAGCCAUGCAUAGAAAGUCAUUGGGCUCCAAUGAUGUUUGGUUCCUAACAGACUCCAAAAUAUCAUCUUUUGCAUUCAGUGUUGAGUUAUGUGUUGCGUUACAUAAUCAGAUUACUUUUUCAAGUAACUAGUAAAGUAACAAAUUGCUUUUUCAUUACAAAAAAAAAAAAAAGGAAUCUGAAAAUAUAAUUCAAAAUAGUAAUUUAAUGUUACUUAGUUUUCCCAUAUAUUGACAGACAGUUCUCCUGUUCUUAUGUUGAGAGCAAUGGGAAGUACGGGAAGUGCAGAGGUGAUAUGUGCACUGUUUAAACAUGAUGUUACUGUAGUUUUAGACUGAAUGUAAACAUGCAUGUAUCUCACUUCCAGAAAAACACAAUCAUUAUUCCCCAAAACGAAUAUAAACAAUGAAAUGCAAACUCAGAAUACGACACAAACCAGCAAUAAUUAAAUAUGUUAAAUAACACAAAUAUAAUUUAUGUAAAAUCCCAUUUUUUAAUCAAUGUUUUUGCUGCUGACAUUUGAUGAUCCAAUUCAACCAUACAAGCAAAAAUGACUAUGAUUUAACAUAACGUUUGUGUUUGCAACAUUGUAAAAUUUGCACAGAGGUGAAUUUACAUUUCCUUCAGUCUGAGCCUGAUUCAUUUCCUUUUUGGUGUGAAAGGGCUUUGUACAUUUGCCAAAAAUAGAACUUAGAAAAAAAGCAAGCUCGGCUAAGAUUUAAAACGUAGCAAAAAGUAACAUAAUGCAUUACUUUGCACAAAAAGAAAUUAACAUAAUUAGUUACUUUUUAGGGAGUAACACAACAGCCUAUUUUAACACAUUAACUUUCCCCAACACUGCUUGUAUUCUGCAGAAGAAACUCACACAGGUUUGGAACGACAUGAGGGUGAAUAGAUGAUGACAAGUUUCCUGUUUUUCUUUUUCUUUCUUUUUUUUGGUGGACAAUUCAUUUAACUCUACAAAGUGAGAGUUAAAUGAAUAUGAGAAACAAAUAUGAGAAGAAAAAGGGAACAGAACAAAAACUUUACCGUGAUGUUUAGAACGGCACAUUCUCAGCAUUUGUGUGGACUGGAGUUUAAGAUCAGUAUCACCUAUAUCCAUUUCUUUUGUGAAAUGGAAAUUUCACAAGAAUUUAGAUGUUAAAUUAGAUAACUAUCCUUCCUUAAAACUACAUCCUUGAAACCUACACACUCCAAAGCCAUGAAAGCGAACACCCACAGAAAAUGAUAGCAUUUGAGAGCAUUUCUGAUUGGCUAAAAGUGGGUGGGCUGUUCCCCUGACCCAUUUUUGCGGUUUUUGAGUCUAGGGCUAUAAGAGAGACAGUUGUAAUUGCUCAGGACUUCUGAGCGGUUUUUAGUUAAAUAGGUCUGUGGUUAACACAAGGUCAAGAAAUUUUACGCUAUGACUUAAAAUACAUCAGUAAGAUACACUGUGACGUUUUAAGCUUUAACUCGUCCUGAAAGAGGCGGUUGACUAAAGGAGAACAGAGUGGUCCAGAACAUUAAAUGUCAUCACGUCAAACAGGUAACCUCAUCUACUCACUAGUCUGCUUUUUCAGGCUCACAGAAAAGAAAAAUGUCUUUAAAUAAAGAUUGAAAGAGUUGUCUGAAGUGUCGUGAUGGUGAAGAUGAAGUCAUGUGACAGCGGUGUAGUUCAUUUAUAGCCUACAUUUAGCUUUUUACUUCCGGUGAUUGUAUUGAGGAUUCAGGCUUCAACAUUUCUAGAAGUUGCUCAUUUGUGAAGUAAUUAUGAUUAAAUAAACAUGUAGAAAUGAUAAGCUUUUUUUUUUUUGGUCACAGAUCUUAUUCUCCACAUUAAUCCAGAAGUCAAUUGAAAAUUUGUAUUGGGUUUUUAUUAAGGAAACCAAAGCAAACUAAAUAUAUCAUCACUUCAGCACAUUAUUUAAUGCCAUUUUCAUUAAAAUAUAAAUUGUGCCUGUCACACUUACGAUGAAUUUCUGAUCCUGUGAUAAGGAUUUUGCCCCAAAGGUUCUGUAUUUGUCUUAUCUCAUGCGAAGUCUGUCAACAUGAGAAAACCUGAGGUCUUCAUGCUCACACGCGAUGGUCGUCCGACAAACAUUCUGAAACCUUCACAAUGACUCACAAAUGUUUCUGAUGCAACAUCGUGGAUGGCAUUACAUCCUUCACAAUUACCUCUUUUGUUAUCUCUUUUGUUAUGUAUUUUGCCUCCUAAAUCAGUAUGUCAAAUAUGUUAAAAUGUCUGUGUAGUCUUGUCUCACAUGUUUUGUACUGUAUGUCAAUAAAACUGUUUAUAUUUUGAA